AUGAAGUUCUCUUGCCUUGCGAUUAUCACCACUGCCUGUCUAUCCGCAGCUCAACCUCAUAACCACCGUCAUCGUCACAUGGCCCGUCAUGGCUCUCGCAUUGAGGCUAGAGACACAGCGACAUCAGUUCAAGUCGAAGCGGCGAUGGUUACCGUUUACGAAUUAAAUGGACAAAAGAUUUCUUCAAACGACGUGGACUCGUGUCUCAAGGAGAAUAAAUGUGUGGUCCUUGGUGCUGGGUCGAGCUCUACCGAAAGUCAAGAAGAUUUGAAUACUUUCCCUGCACCAGACCAAGAUAACUCUUCACCAGAAGACUCACCAUCAACAGAAGACAAUGCAUCUCCAGAAGAGCCACUAAAACCAGAGCCCCCAGUCCCAGUCCCGUCUACUCCAGAGCCUCCAAAACCAGAGCCCCCUACAACUGAUCACAGAACGCAGCCUCCAUCAGGAAAGCCCGAAGUUUCACCAAAAACCGCGGAACCUGCGCCAGAACUCAAAGUUAUGCCACUUCCUGUCACUCCACCGCUCAAUUCCGUAGGCAUGAAGUCAGAUGCAAAUAUAUCUCAAUCAGAUGGCAUAGAUAACUCUGCAUUUAGUGGCUCUGGUAUAGAUUCAACCAACAUGCAUGCUGUCGGAAGAUUAUUUCCAAGUGGCAAGGUUGACUGCUCUGAAUUUCCGUCCAAAUACGGUGCAGUUCCAGCAGAUUGGAUCCAGUUAAAUGGAUGGACAGGAGUACAGAAAACUUCCGAAUAUAACACUGCCGCAAAAGCUAUUAGUCACAUCGAGACAGCAGUUGCCGGAGAGGGCUGCGUACCUGGGUCCUUCUGCUCAUACGCAUGCCCUGCCGGCUUCCAAAAGUCGCAAUGGCCGUCUGCCCAAGGCGCCACCGGUCAGUCUAUCGGAGGCCUUUACUGUAACACCAAUGGAAAGCUUGAACUCUCACGCUCUGCCGCACCUAAUCUUUGUACUCCUGGAGUUGGAGACGUUAAGGUCAGAAACUCUCAUUCAAAGAACGUCGCUAUUUGCCGAACAGACUACCCUGGAACAGAAGCAGAGACCAUUGCAUUGAACGCACUCCCAGGAUCUACCGUCAAAGUAACAUGCCCCGAUUCGAAGGAAUACUAUCGCACACAGGAUGACGGGCCAACAUCCGCACAAUACUAUAUCAACCCGUCUGGAUAUGACGUCAAGGAUGCGUGUACCUGGGGCACUGCAGGUUCGAAUCUUGGUAACUGGGCUCCCGUAAACAUGGGCGUCGGAAAAGGUGAUAGUGGCUCAACGUUUAUUUCUCUCUUUCCAAAUGCCCCAACCAACCCGAACGGAGUUCUUGAUUUUAACAUCGACAUCAAGGGCGAUGUCACUGGUUCAUGUUCUUAUCGCAACGGUAAAUAUUACAAAGAUGGAGUUGAAUCUCCGACUGGGUGUACAGUAAGUUUGCCCCACGUUGGUGUAAUGGGCGGUGCAACAUUUGAAUUCUCUUAA